AUGGCAUCCAUCAAACGCUGCAUGGCCACGCUUCCGACUUUGAUGCCGAAGGGUAGCACCGUCCACUUGAACACGCCACGGUGCGUCCUGAACGCCGUCGCGUUAAUGGAGUCCUCGUCUGCAAGCCGAAUACAGUUAAAGGCUUUAGAAACGUCGAGCUUGCAAAAGAUCGUCAUGCCCGCCAUCGAUUCCAUGAUAUCCUCAACUGUUGGCAGAUCGUGGACCUCAGACAGAAUCUUCGCGUUGGGGCCCCGGAGAUCGAAUACCACCCGGUUGAUGAUUUUCUUCUCCGGUUCUUCUUUCACAAACAGCACCGACGAUGGGUUCGUUGCUCCAGGCGCCGGCACUAUUUUACCCGUGCGAAGACCAUUGUCAAUGAUCUCAUCGAGUGCCGCUCGCUCCUCCUCGUUGUACUUGGUGCGCCGAUAUGGCGUCUCGACGUCACCGCUCGCGAACCGCAGCUUCACGUCCAGCGGACCGCGUUUGGGAGGGUAUUUGUCCGCUGCCGCUGGAUCAAACAAGGCUGCGAACUCCCGAAACGCUUCCGGAAUGGCCUUCGGAUCGAACGGCUGCUGUGGCGAUGCCUUUUCCCCAACGAGCAACGCUGCGCUCUCCGCCUCUUGA